UAUGCGGCUGGAUAAGUCUUUGCGAAAUUCCCUGAAUGGGGUCUAUCCAGGACUAGCCCUGGCUGAAACACUUCUGGACGAAAUGGAAACUCGAAACCGCUUCUGCUGAACAUUAACCAAGGGAGCAGGCGCUGGAAUGAAGAGAUCUCAGAACCCUGCAACUUUCACGGACCCUGGCCUAGAGGCCUGGGCUGGCAAUUCCUCUUCAGUCAUAGUCCAUCCUGGAAACAACCCCACAGCUCCAGAGGCUGGUUCGGAGCUGACCAUCCUCCUGUGGACCUGGCCCUUUGGGCAACGUGCUGCUCUGCAAAAAUGCUCCGAGCUCUUUGGCAUCCAGGACUGUCACAUCACGGCCAACCGUAGCUGGUACCACAAGGCCAAUGCAGUGAUUGUGCAUCACAGGGAUGUGUGCUCCAGCCCAAAGAAACUGCCCCAGGCCCCACGGCCGCCUUCCCAGCACUGGAUCUGGUUCAACUUGGAGUCCCCCAGCCACAGCCCUAACCUGGGCUUCAUGGAUAACCUCUUCAACCUGACCAUGUCUUACCGGAGGGACUCUGAUAUCUUCACCCCCUACGGGUGGCUGGAGGUCCUCAGCCAGCCCCAGAACUUCAGCAUCCCAGCCAAGUCCAAGCUGGUGGCCUGGGCAGUGAGUAACUGGAACCCAGCCUCCCGCCGGGUGCAGUACUAUGAGGAGCUGAAGAAAUACCUCCACGUGGAUAUAUACGGCAGCCAUCACAUGUCUCUGCCCCGGGACAAGCACUUCUCCACCCUGUCCCAGUACAAAUUCUACCUGGCCUUUGAGAACUCGCUUCAUGAGGACUACAUCACUGAGAAGCUCUGGAACAAUGCCCUGGGCUCAGGGGCUGUGCCUGUUGUCUGCGGCCCCCCCCGAAAAAACUACGAGCGCUUUCUGCCCCCCGAUGCCUUUAUUCACAUUGAUGACUUUCCCAAUGCUCAAGGGCUGGCCCAGUAUCUCCAGGAGCUGGACAAGGACCCAGCACGUUACCAGCGCUACUUCCAGUGGCGAACAUGGCUAAAACCGUCCAAGCAAAGUUCCUGGACCAUCCACUUCUGCAAAGCCUGCCGGGCCUUGCAAAUGACAGAGACCUACCAGACCAGGCCUGGUUUGGCCAAGUGGUUCCGCUAGGAGUUACAUGCUCAGUUUGCUGUGUUUAGUGCAGAUCAUUUCCUGUGGGUUCAGUUGCAAUUAGCCAAGACUGCUACUUUUCUUUGUAUAGAGACAUGCCUGCAUUUGUUAUAAGCUGUGUAGACUUUGCACCAGGAAUUGGCUGUUCCGUGCACCCCGCACCCCUCUGCCGGUCCUCGGCUGACUAGCUUCAAAAAUCUGAAACUGUGAAAUGCAGAAUGAGGAAGAGAUAACAGAACAAAAGGCAGCUUCUGGGAGUGAAGGGAGGGGACCAGUUUGUUGGCGCUCUGGUUAUGGCUGGUCUAGGACGUUGGCAGGAACUCAGUCUUAGUUUGAAACAGUCAGGAAAGAUCUGCUUCACCCUUGGAGACUGACAACGCACAAUGGCACUGUAAGAACCAGAGGGCAGGCAAAUAAGCUGAUGAGGGCUAGGAAUAAAGAACCCUUUGUGGAUUACUUGGAGGGGGAAGAUAAUGGGGUAGUGAAUAGAAGGAUGAGGGGCUCAUGGGGCAUUGUGGCUUUCAAGCUGAGCAAUUUUUAGGCCUGGUUGAACUAUUAAGGGGCAGGUGGAUGCUAGACAGAUACAUAGAUCAAGGCCAGUUCUAGGGUCCUUUUAUGGUGGAGCAGGGGGCAAGUGGGUAUUUUGGGUCCCCUGGAUAUUGCAGUUAAAAAAUAAACCAAUCAGAA